GCUCCGGGGCUGAACUUGAGGAGCCAGUCUGGGGCCUAGGCGCAGACGCAUUGAGUUUAAGCAGCCGGUGAUGGCGGCAGCAGCAGUGGAGUCUGCGGCGGGUCCGGGCCCAUGAGGCGACGACGGAGGCGGGACGGCUUUUACCCAGCGCCUGACUUCCGAGACAGGGAAGCUGAGGACAUGGCAGGAGUGUUUGACAUAGACCUGGACCAGCCAGAGGACGCAGGCUCUGAGGAUGAGCUGGAGGAGGGGGGUCAGUUAAAUGAAAGCAUGGACCAUGGGGGAGUUGGACCAUAUGAACUUGGCAUGGAACAUUGUGAGAAAUUUGAAAUCUCAGAAACUAGUGUGAACAGAGGGCCAGAAAAAAUCAGACCAGAAUGUUUUGAGCUACUUCGGGUACUUGGUAAAGGGGGCUAUGGAAAGGUUUUUCAAGUACGAAAAGUAACAGGAGCAAAUACUGGGAAGAUAUUUGCCAUGAAGGUGCUUAAAAAGGCAAUGAUAGUAAGAAAUGCUAAAGAUACAGCUCAUACAAAAGCAGAGCGGAAUAUUCUGGAGGAAGUAAAGCAUCCCUUCAUUGUGGAUUUAAUUUAUGCCUUUCAGACCGGUGGAAAACUCUACCUCAUCCUUGAGUAUCUCAGUGGAGGAGAACUGUUUAUGCAGUUAGAAAGAGAAGGGAUAUUCAUGGAAGACACAGCUUGCUUUUACUUGGCUGAAAUCUCCAUGGCUUUGGGGCAUUUACAUCAAAAGGGGAUCAUCUACAGAGACCUGAAGCCGGAGAACAUCAUGCUUAAUCACCAAGGUCAUGUGAAACUAACAGACUUUGGACUAUGCAAAGAGUCUAUCCAUGAUGGAACAGUCACACACACAUUUUGUGGAACAAUAGAAUACAUGGCCCCUGAAAUCUUGAUGAGAAGUGGCCACAAUCGUGCUGUGGAUUGGUGGAGUUUGGGAGCAUUAAUGUAUGACAUGCUGACUGGAGCACCUCCAUUCACUGGAGAGAAUAGAAAGAAAACAAUUGACAAAAUCCUCAAAUGUAAACUUAAUUUGCCUCCCUACCUCACACAAGAAGCUCGAGAUCUGCUUAAAAAGCUGCUGAAAAGAAAUGCUGCUUCUCGUCUUGGAGCUGGUCCUGGGGAUGCUGGAGAAGUCCAAGCUCAUCCAUUUUUCAGACACAUUAACUGGGAAGAACUUCUAGCUCGGAAGGUGGAGCCUCCCUUUAAGCCUCUAUUGCAAUCUGAAGAGGAUGUGAGUCAGUUUGAUUCAAAGUUUACACGUCAGACACCUGUUGACAGCCCGGAUGACUCAACUCUCAGUGAAAGUGCCAACCAGGUCUUUCUGGGUUUUACAUAUGUGGCUCCAUCUGUACUUGAAAGUGUGAAAGAAAAGUUUUCCUUUGAACCAAAAAUCCGAUCACCUCGAAGAUUUAUUGGUAGCCCACGAACGCCUGUCAGCCCAGUCAAAUUCUCUCCUGGGGAUUUCUGGGGACGAGGUGCUUCAGCCAGCACGGCAAACUCUCAGACACCUGUGGAGUACCCGAUGGAAACAAGUGGGAUAGAGCAGAUGGAUGUGACAAUGAGCGGGGAGGCAUCAGCACCACUUCCAAUCCGACAGCCCAACUCUGGGCCAUACAAAAAACAAGCUUUUCCUAUGAUCUCCAAACGGCCAGAGCACCUGCGUAUGAAUCUAUGACGAAACAAUGCUUUUAUUGAUGCAAAAAGAAAACAAAAAUCGGGGGAGGGAUGUGUGAACAUCCUGCAAGAUAAAAUGAGAAUCAAAAUGGCAGACUUAAAAAGUCAGCACAGUAACCUAGAUUGCUUUGGAUGGAGGAAAAAAUAAACAUGGAUUUUAAAAAAUCAAUCAAUGGUGCAAAAAAAAUAAACCCACAAAAAAAAAAAAACAAAAACAAACUCAAGCAAAAUAGUAUUGUGGAACCCACAGACACAUCGAUUGACUGGUUCCUGUCAAGCAACAUCUCAGCAUUAGCAAGGGUUUUCAAGUUGAUGGCUCCAAACCGACAGUAUUAAGGGUAGGAUGUUGCUUCUGAAUCACCGUUGAAGCCUGGAGAUGUCAAAGAAGGGUUAUCCUUUCAUAGGCAAGGUAUGAGAUUGCCUGUAAUACUUGCAACUAAGGACAAAUUAGCAUGCAAGCUUUGUCAAACUUUUUCCAGCAACAUGGAAUCAAAGACAAAAGAAACUUAUCGAUUGAUGUUUUACGUGCAAACAACCUGAAUCUUUUUUUUAUAUAAAUAUAUAUUUUUCAAAUAGAUUUUUGAUUCAGCUCAUUAUGGAAAACAUCCCAAACUUUAAAAUGCAAAAUUAUUGGUUGGUGUGAAGAAAGACAGCUUCUGUUUCUUCUCUUGAUGAAAUAAAACGCAAAUGAAUCAUUGUUAACCACAGCUGUGGCUCUUGUGAGGGCUUGGGGUGGACCUGGGGUGUUUUUCAUCUUUUGUUUUAGUAACCUAUCUGCAAUACCUGUCUGUAAUACUAGAAGGAGAAAAAGUCUGUUUAAUCAUUUCUACUUGCAGUACUGCUGUGUGCUAGGCUUCACUGCAAGCCUUGGGACAGGCAGAAGUUAGAUGUUCUACAUUGCAUCCUUGUCCUGGGCCUGUGCUGCACUGGGAAAAGAUGGCUACCUGUUGUUAUCCCAGUGUUUGGGUCAAGCCCAUGGCCAAGGAAGGACAGAAGAGAGUCAGGCUAAAGUUUGUAACUCGGGCAGUAAGCAAGGGGAGAUAGAGACCUGCAGGGAAGAGGGGCCACCCUCGUCUGUCUCUUCUCAGCACAUUGGUAAGGUUUUCAGUUUUACUUUGUACUGUUUUUGCUGUUUACCUUCCUUAACAUUUUUCCCUCCAGAGUUUAAAAAAGAAAAAAAUGGUGUUUUUUCCCUCCUAUACUGGGGCUACAUUUUUAAUUGUAAAAAUAUUUGAUGGCCUUUUGAUGAAUGUCUUCCAUAGUGAAUAAGAAAACUUAGUGGCUUAAUUUAGGAAACAUGUUAACCAGACAUUGUUUUUGAAAUUGUAACAAAAUCUACAUAAGUGAUUUACAGGUACAAAGAAUAAAAAAUAAAGGUAAUUUUACCUUUCUUAAA